AUGAUAAAUAGUAAUGAAGUUUCUCCUGUUAAAAUGUCUAAUGGUAUUAAUUAAUGUUUAUAUCCCAGAAUAGAAGUAAGAUAUUAUGAGAUCGAUAUUGAAAGAGGAAUCAAUGAUAAAUAUUACUUUAAAACCUAUUGAAUAAGAGGUUUUCUUAGCUGAAGAUCCAUAAGUAGCAUUACUAAAAUUGAAAUGUUUCUAAGAACUGAUAAACAAAGAGAGGUAACCUAUAGAGUUGAUUGUAGAUUAGCGUAUGCAGAGCAUUUGGCAGAAGUCUUUGAAAUGAUUGGAGAUGAUGCAUAUAGAAAUUUAGGAUUUAUUCUUAAGCAAUUUGUAAAUGUUGUUAAAUACAUAUUUGAAAGGUUCAUGAUUCCUAUUCAAUCUAAUUAUCUAUUAUUAGAUAGUUACCUCAACUUGUAGAACAAAUAAAGAAACGAUAAUCUGGAUAUGUGGAAUUGAAAGAUCAUGUUCUGCCAUUUAUGAAUAUAUUUCUUGUGCAUGAAGACUCUGAUGUAAACUUAUUAUAUGAGUUUUAGAUUAAAAAAGAAGUCUUAACUUAAUUACUUAAGAUAGCACCCUUUUUAAUUGAAUCAGAUAAAGUUGAUACAAUUUUAGCACAUUUGAUUGAAAUGGCUCAUGAUGAAAAAAACCAUUAAAAUCGUAUUUUAGCAGCUGAAACAUUUGGUUAAACUGCUUCUCUUUUUUCAAUGAAAUAUUGUGAGUCUUAUAUUUGUGGAGAACUUUUAUCACUUGGUAUAGAUUUAAAUGAAUUUGUAAGAGAAAAAGCUAUAGAACAAUUACCAAAUUUAUCAGUAAGUCUCUCUUAAAAAUGUAUAGAACUUAAAAUUAUACCAUUCUUUCUUUAGUAAUAUUAUUAUAUAUUUUAUAGAUCUUGUGAAGAUAGAUUAUUAUAAAUUAAAUUUGCUUGUAUUAAAUCAAUAUCAGGUAUUUCAAAAUAUACAGGACAUCACUUAAAAACAUAAAAAUUAAUACCAAAAUAUUUAGAUUUUCUUUCUGAUUAAAAUAAAGAAGUUAGAAAGACAGCAUAUGAAUAUUUAGGUGAAUUCAUUAGUACAAUUAAAUUUACUGAAAAAGAUUAAUAAUAAAUGGAUAUUCUAUUGGCAUAUUAUUAAAAUUAAUUAGAUAAAAAUAUCAAUAUGAUGGGUGUUGAUGUAAGAAUCAUUUUAAUAUUAUAUUUUAAGCUUGUUUAUAAAUGUGCCUAUUAUUUUCCAGGAGUAUUAUAAGCAAUUGGUCGAAAUCGUUGGCUUUUGAUUUAACCUUUGUAUGGAUUCCUAUUAAAAUAUCCUUCAGAUGUAAUUAUAAUUCUAAUUUAAUAAGAAAGUUAAAAUCUCCUUAGCUUAUAGUUUUCAUGAAGUAGCUAAAUUAUUAGGUCCAGAUUUGUCUAAAUAAUAUUUGAUCACUGUAUUAGAAACAUUGGCAUAAGAUAAAUUGUAAGAAGUCAGAAAUGGCAUAGUAGUUAAUUUAUCAAAAUUUAUAUCUAUAUUUCCUAUAGAAGAAAGAGAUUAUGUUAUUGAUCUAUUACUCAAUUUUUAGAAAGAUUAACAUAAAUGGCGAACUCGUUAGAUUAUUUGUACAUCUAUAUUUCCAAUAACCAGAUGUUUUAAUAAUGAUACUAUCUUUUUUCAUAUUGCUCCUAUUCUAUUUAAAUUUUGUUCAGAUACAGUUGCUAAAGUAAGAAGAAAAGCUUCUAAAAAUGUUAUACAUUUAAUUGAGACAUUUGAAGAAGAAGGAGAAUAAAGAACUGUUAUUCUUGAAUAAAUUAGAGCAUUUUCACAUUCUAAGAGAUUUAAUUAAAGAUAAUCAUAUUGUUGGAUGUGUUAUAAAUUAUUUUACAGAUAAGAUUUUGAAGAUCUAUUUUUUGAAAGACUCUUUGAAUUAUGUAAAGAUCCUGUUUAAUGUGUAAGAUUAUCAGCUGUUAUUGUUAUUGAUAAAUUUAUUUAAAAAGAAGGUUUCUCAAAAGAACGUAAAUAUUUGAAAUAUCUAUUGGUUUAAUUUAUUGAUGAUCAAUGCAAAGAAGUUUAAUUAAUUUUAACUAAAUAUAAUUUUGUGAUCUAAAAAACCAAAAAAAAGACUCUAUCUUGUAGAUCACGUAAUAGUGGAUCUUCAAAUGGUCAUUUGGAAGACAUACCAGAAUUUGAUGAAAAAAUUGAACAGAUUCGUAAGUCUUCUGGAAAGGUUUGA